AUGAUGGAGGUAAUACAUGAAGUACCCGGACAUGAGCACCCACUAAAGCUCAUUGAUUUGCAGCUACAAUAUGAAGAUGAAGAGGAUGAAGAAGAAGAAGAAGAAGAUGAAGAGGGUGGUUCUCUCAUUAAGAAAGAUGGAUUUCAUGGUGUCACAUGUGGGAGGUGUGGGGAAGAAAUCCAUAUGUACCACAGGUACUACUACACUUGCUGUUCAUCAUCAUGUGAUGAUUUCUCACUUCACAAAUUCUGUGGUGAGCUCCCGUCAAGGUUAGUCCACCCAUCACACCCACCACAUACUCUUCACCUGCAACCAUGUUCAGAUUUAUAUUUGAGACUGGGAUGCCAAAUUUGUAGGAGACAUUACAAUCCUGGACAACAUCUUUACAAAUGUUAUCAAUGUCAUUUCUCCAUUUGUGUAAGGUGUGGCAUGGAAGUAGGAAAAAAUGUGAUCCAUCAUCCAUGCCACCCUCACUCACUCAUGUGCACCAUCACUGAACCCAUUUUGUGCUGCUGCAAGGCUUGUGGGAAAAGACAUGAAGGGAUCUUCUAUCAAUGUACCAUUUGUACUAACUUCACCAUACACACUGAAUGUGCUUUCCUACCAGAAAAAUUGCUAAUCCAAGAGAAAACAGAUGGUGCUUUUCAUCAUACUCAUCCCCUCACCAUUUCAUAUUCCUUCCCCUUUAUAGAUCAACAAGCUAAACAUCGUCCUAGAUGCAGAGUAUGUGGUGGUGGUUUUUUUGGUACGGAGGAUCUUUGGAUUUACAAAUGCGAUAAAUGUAUGUAUUAUGCCCAUCUGGAUUACGCAACAUCAAGAAGAGAGCCAUUCAUGUCCAUCUUCUUGUCUGCUGGUGCUGGCAGAACCAACAAAAACUAUAAAGAUGUUGACCAUCCUGGUCUUCUUCAUCUCCCAUUCCCUGAUGACUCUUACAGCCUACCAAAACACAACUUGUUUUUCCAACAAACCACUAAUGAUGAUGAUGAUCAUCAUCAUCAUAAGAUUAAGGUAGAUGAUCGCCUAUCACACAAGAGUCAUCAACACCCUCUCAUUCUGGUUGAUCAUGGGCAAACCUCCUCCUCUUCCUCAAAUUCUUUGUUAUUAAUAAAGUGUCAUGACCCAAUGAAAAAGACCCAACUGAUAUGCAAUGGAUGUCUCAGACCAAUCAUGUCCACCAUGCCUUUUUACAUUUGUGCUAAUGCUAAUUCUAAUGCUAAUGAUGAUGAGAUUCAGAUUCAGAGUCAGGGGGUUUGCAAUAACUUUGCUCUUCAUGAGUGGUGCACUCGACUCCCCCAAGAAAUAGAAAACCACCCCGGCCACCCCCAACAUACCCUCCAUCUCAUCUACUCAAACAAUCUUCAUUUCUUUUUCGGUGUGUUCCAUUGUGCUGUUUGUCGUUUGCCUUGCAAUGGAUUUGUGUAUGGUUGUGUCGAAUGUGAAUACUAUCUUGAUGUUACCUGUGGGCUUAUACCUAAACAAAUCACACAUGAAACUCACCCCAGUCACAUUCUUUCACUAGUUCGAGGAAAACCUUGGGUUAAUUGCCAUAUGUGUCCCAACAAUCUACCUGUUGCAGGUCAAUUUUCAUUCCGUUGUGACACGUGUGAUAUUUAUAUACAUCUAGAAUGUGCUUUGUUAUUAGUCGAGACAGUCAGGCACAAGUGUGACAAACAUCCAAUGCAUCUAAGUUACCUCCCAAUUGAGAACCACAAGAGUGAAUACUUUUGUGAAAUCUGUGAGGAGGAUUUGAAUCCUCAUCAAUCUUUCUAUCAUUGUCAAGAUUAUGCUCAGUCCGUACAUACCGCUUGUGCUCCGUCAAUACUUGAGUGUGAGACAGAGACCUAUACCAAUCACAAUGGCCCGUGGAUAUAUCAGGGAGGAGUUCAUUAUUUCGUGAACAUAAAGUUUGGAGGCAUUUAUAGGACUCAACGUCACUCACACCCUCUCUCCUUUGCUCAAGGUAUUGUGUUGGAUGACCUAUGUAGUAUAUGUAAUCAGGAAUUACAAUAUGAAAUGAUAUUUAAAUGUCUCGAGUGUAACUUUGUGAUUGAUUACUACUGUUGCAAGUGA